AUGCAUAGAAAUUUGAAUCUGCUGCCUUUGCUAGAGAUUGCAGCUUUUGUCAGCUAUCCUUCUCUGUUUGUGACUGUCAUCCCAGGUUUAGGACCUUUCUCACUGGUCUGUGCUGUGCCUUUCUCCAGGUUUAAGCCACUGCAAAAGGUGGAUGGCAUGGGGGAUAAUUUAGCCGGUGCUGCCCAGAAUUCAGCAGCAACCCCAGAACAAUCUGUGGCUGCUCAAAGUCAGCAUCACCAACAGUUUAUUGACGUGUCCCAUGUUUUGCCUGAAUUCCCGGCCCCUGAGAUUGGAACCUCUCCAGUGCCUGAGGGUAUCAGCAUGAAUGAUGUCAAGAAGCUGCAGAUCCUCUACAGGGAGCACUGUGAGGCAACCCUGGAUGUAGUGAUGAACCUGCAGUUCCAUUUCAUUGAGAAGCUAUGGCAGACAUUCUGGUAUUCAACAGCGCCAUCUAGUGACGGAGCCACUACAGUCUCUCCCAGCGAGGAGGAAUCUGAAAGCAUCAUUCCCAGGGAGAAGCUGAUUGCUCUGUGUAAAUACGAGCCUGUCAGGGUGUGGAUGAGGAGCUGUGAUCACAUCCUCUACCAGGCACUGGUGGAGAUCCUCAUCCCUGAUGUACUCAGACCGGUACCGAGUACCCUUACUCAAGCCAUUCGUAACUUUGCGAAGAGUUUGGAAGGAUGGCUGACCACGGCUAUGAAUGAUUUUCCACAGGAGAUUGUUCGCACCAAGGCAGCAGUGGUGAGUGCCUUUGCCCAGACCCUAAGACGUUACACCUCUCUGAACCACCUGGCUCAGGCUGCCAGGGCAGUGCUGCAGAACACUUCUCAGAUCAACCAGAUGCUGAGCGACCUCAAUCGGGUGGACUUUGCCAACGUGCAGGAGCAGGCAUCCUGGGUGUGUCAGUGUGAGGAGGGGAUGGUCCAGCGGCUGGAGCAGGAUUUCAAGGUGACCCUGCAGCAGCAGAGCUCUCUGGACCAGUGGGCAGCCUGGCUGGACAAUGUUGUCAACCAGGUCCUGAAGCCACAUGAGGGAAGUCCCAGUUUCCCCAAGGCAGCCCGCCAGUUCCUGCUCAAGUGGUCCUUUUACAGCUCGAUGGUGAUCCGUGACCUGACCCUGCGCAGUGCCGCCAGCUUCGGCUCCUUCCACCUGAUCAGGCUGCUCUACGACGAGUACAUGUUCUACCUGGUGGAGCACCGCGUGGCCCAGGCCACUGGGGAGACACCCAUCGCAGUGAUGGGAGAGUUCAGUGAUCUCAACUCCAUGAUGCCUUUGCUUAUGGAUAAAGACCAGUCCCAUUUCUCAGAUGAUAUGAGUGAUGUUGGAAGUGAGGCGGACAGUUCCAGAGGACUGAGUGAGCCCCCAGUCAAACGGGAGCGCAUUGAACUGAACCACUCUCUGCAGGAGAUCUGAUGAGGAUCUGAAACCAAGUAGCUCCCCACUUUAGUACUGUCAUGUUCCUGCUAGCUGUUAAGCAAACUGUUUGCUUUCCUAGUGCAUAUGGGCUGUGGGGAGGUGAUUGCAACAAGCUUGUUCUGAUUAAGCACUGACUGCGAGUGGGGAUACUGCAGCUUUAAAUAAGGCAGCCAAAAACUUUUUUUUUCUUUUUUUAAAAUGUGGGGACAAAACAAUCCAUAUGUUAUGAUUUUUUUUUUUUUCAUUUGCCUUUUGUGUACAUCCCCUCAAACUAAUUUUAUAUUACAUUACACACACUCACACACACGCAGUUCUCUGGAAUGCUAUCGGUGCCCCCCUCCCCCCCCCUCAAAGCAGGUUGUAUAGAAAAUGAAAAAGAUGGUUCCCACAUUUUAAACCCCAGAACAUAUGAACGUUUAUAUUAAACAGUUUUUUGUUAUUUUACUUUGGGGAUUUCGUUACCUUUUCAUUGUUUUUGUUACUGUGAAUAGAUGAGUGACAUGGAUGUUGUACAGUACAUUAGUUUAGUUCCACAUUUCCGCUGGAGUAAUGUUUAAAUAGGUGUGCCAUAGUUAAUGCAGUGCCUUAGACGAAACGCAACCUGUACAGAUUUGUUGGUUUUUCUUUCUUUAACCCUGUCUUGAACUGUGCCUAUUUAUAUCUACAGCUGUCUGCAUUCCUCUUUCAUGCUUUUUAUAAUGUCAAAUCAAAUGCCUCACAAUACGAACCCAAACCAAAAUCAAAAAAAUCUGCCUCGAAGUUUUCUAAAGGAGCAUAGAAUGUAAAGGUCUCGGCUGCCACAUAAAAGGCUGGUGACUGCCUCUGGGACGUGGUGUCAGUUGUCAGAGGAAUACUGACUUAUCUAGUCUUGUUUGUGAUGCUGCAGUAUGUAAUGUUCCACAGUCUUUCUCUACUCCAGUAACCUGCUCCUAGGCUUGGUGAUGGGUUCUUAUAUUCUUAUACUGUACUGUGUAGCACAGUGUUGUAGCUGCUGCGCUUCUUCUCCCUGCACUCUUAAGCUGCUCAAACCCCUUGCCUUCCAUACUAUACAUUGUGUGCUUUAACUAAGCCACUCGCACACGUUAUAUUCUUUCUUCUGUUUUUUUUUGUUUGUUUAUUGAAACAAACAAACAUUUUCUGUGUAAAUGUGGCUUGUGCAUUUUUUCAGUGCUAUGUGGUUGAGGGUAAUUUUGUAUGUAAAGCAUUUCACUGGAGAGUAACCCAGGGGAUGAGGAGAACAGAUCCAGCAGUCAAAUCCUCACCCUUUCUAGGGGGUCAGAAGUAGAAGAAUUUCACCUUUCUGUGCCUCAGGCCCAUCUAACUUUGGACAAGCUGAAAUGGUAGUUCCCUGUUAGACUAACCUUAGAUAGUGAUUUAAAAGUAACUAUUUUUUAUAAUAAUGGAUUGGAUCUUGUUAUUUUAAGUGGAACUGGCCUAUUAAAAAAAAAUUGCUAUAUAUCUGCAGCCACUGUUCUAGAUUUAUUGUUAAAUAAGUAGUAUUUUAUAAACUUUUCGUACUGUAGGAGAGAGACACAUUUUCUGACUUCUGAAUCAAACUACAAAAAAUAAAGUAUGUAUGGUAGUUGCAGAAACAACUGUUAUUGUAGGAUUUAGAAAUGUAGUAAGGCAUUCUGUGGCCUUUCAAACCACUUUUGAAAGUUUCAGCUUUCUGAAAAAAAAAAAAAUCGUAUAUAAUAUAUAUAUAUAUAUUUAUUUAAAUGUUACUUUACCUCUCCUUUAGUCUAUUAAUCUUACUUUGCCCCAGAGUGGAGGCAGCAGGUUCUGAUUUCACCACAUCACUGCAUAAGGCUGCAAUGGAACAAGACACUCCAAAUCCCAAAGCCAUGUGAUUUACACAAUACACAAAAUGAGUCAUGGGAGAAUCUUAAAGCCCCAUGUUACCUGCAGUAACACUCCCACACACUAGGAUCCAGUGUAGAGAAGAAGGGCCACUGGCUUCUUUUGCAGCAUAAUCUGCAGCAUUGAACCUUCGUGAAAGAUGUCUUGUAUAAACCUCAAAUGGCUGCCUAACAUUUACCUGUCCAUUCAGUAAAACUUAGCUCAGAGCAGUGAAGGCAUAUAUUUUGUCUUUUCUGGUGGGGGUGGAAGGGAAGAUGGUAUAAAUUUGUUCCCCCUUUUUUAGAUUAUAUUUACAUUUGGGAUUAGGGGUUGUUUAAUUGUACUAGUUCGAAGUUUGCUGCCUUUGAUGUAUUUUGUAUAUAUUUUUUCUUUUGUUUUAUUUUCUACUGUUUAUAAUUUUUAAAAC